AUGGCUAUGGAUUUGAUGGCCACAGCUCCGGAAACUUUGAAGACAGCUCUGUCUGCUCCGCUCCCCGAUUCUGAAGAUGAGAGCUCCACCGCCCCUCGGCCCCGCGGACGAAGCAGGAAACAGAAGAGGAGGGUAACAGCCGCGACGUCCGCUGUUCGCAGCUCGCCGAUCGAGAAGAGGGCCACGCAAGAUUUCGCCCCUGACGCUGAUGGUUUUGUCCCGGCCCGGCGCACUGCAAGCCGCAUGCAGUCAUCGACGACGCUUCCAACUGCCGUCGCCAACUCAUUCGACGCGCUCGCUGACGCGCCGGACCUGCUGCCGCGCGAUCCUGCGCCGAAGAAAGACUCCCAUCUUCCGCCGGUGGUGCUCCAGUUUCGGUCGCCCUAUGGGCAACUGCAGAAGUUGUUGCUCAGCUGGACAACGGCCGUGUAUACUGUGAAGCCUGCCGGACGAGACCUGUACAGGGUCACACUCCGAACUGCUGACGACUAUCGCCGGGUCACUCAGGAGGCGUCUGAGCGUGAUGUGUUAAAUGCGCCGGCGCCCACCCAGGAAGUGCGUGCCCCCGUCUGCCCACCGAGAAGCCGACAUGUGCACUCUAUGGCGGUGCUCACGUGGCCAGCUAUCGUGGGUGUGAGGUGUGGAAGCGUGCCAUCGCUCGCCAACGUGGCCAAACACCAGCGCCGCGUCCGAAGAAGCCAGCAACGAGACGGCCCGGCGUCUCUUUCGCUGCGGCAACGUCAGGGACGCCCCUCCGCCGUCCCUGCUGCGUCGGCUCCUCCUGCUCCUGCCCCAUCCGAGGCAGUGCCGACGCCUGAGGCUCCUGCGCCUCCACCACAGCUGCUAGUGGCGGACCCGGGUACUGCCUCUCCCGGGACGUCUGCAGGACCGCGCUCCGCCAAUUGCCGGCGCGGGGGUACCCAGCGCUCAGCACCGUCAGUCGAGCAGCCCCAGGUGGACUCUCACAGCGAGUCAGCCACGCCUCCCCCUUCCAGCGACGGGGCCGCGCCCGGCUGCCUCCACUGCUGA